AUGCUCGAGCGACUUCCCCCUGCAGUGAUGGGCUUGGUGGCAGAGCAAGCAGACAAUGCAACACUCCUCGUAAUCGGUUCGAUUUCCACACUCAUCAGAAAUAACUCCGCUAAUGCCUUUGCAGAACGAUAUUUUCGCUCCCUCGACGUCAAUGUUCCACAAGGCUCGCAGGCCCAGACCCUCGCUCUCCUGCGACAACAGCCAGUUUACAGGACGACAGUCUCGAAAAUCAUAUUCACGGAUUUGACGGGGGAUAUGCACGCCACAAAUCAGCGAAUUUACAACAUCAAUUCGAUUCUCGCCCUGGUGCCUCGUGUCGAAUCCAUUUCGAUCCAGACCGCACGUGGGUUUCGGUUUACAGAUAUAGUCUUUACUUGUCUCCGACAGACUCCCCUUGCCGGACUCCGUCAUGUGCACAUGGCCGGAGACGAGAAUCAUCCACGACCACCACGGGCGCGCAGGGCUGAUGUUGUGGCUUUACUGACCACGCACAGACAGACCAUUCGCACGCUCUAUCUUGAAACGGCCAUGUUCUCUAGUCAGGAGUGGGAGCCCAUUUUGGUGUAUAUCCGCGAUCACAUGGUUCUGGAGGAAUUUGUUUUCUCUCACUGCGAGUAUGAGAAUGAGGACGCCGAGCCACUCAUCACGAUUGACCCGGCGCGGUUGCCGUUGGAUCUCGGCGCGGGAGCAGGCUACCAUUUCCAUGACCAUGUGGCCGAGAUGUAUGGUGUGCUGGGUAUUCGUCGAGGCGUGAAUCGGCUCCUUCAUGAUCUCGGGUUGGCCAGCUAUGAUCCACACAGGCCGAUGUAG